AGAGGGCGAACGAAGAAUCCAGUGCGAGCGAGAGCGCGCUUCCUGACCCAGGCAGACAGGCACCGCGAGCUGCGGACGGGAAGUUGUCUCCAGGCGCCCCGACCUGCACGGACAGGAGGGGAUUUUCUCGCUUUCUUCCUUUCUUUUUUUUUUUUUUUGCACGUCUGCACGACUCGAGCUGCUGAAGGCGAGCGCGUGUUGCUGCCCGGGUCUCACUGGUUAAGUUUUCGUGCGAAGCGGCGGCGCACCGCGUCGUGCCUCACAGGGAGGAGAGCAGAGCAGAGCGGAGGGAGCAGCAGAAGUUUCCGCUGGCUUGUUUUGUCGCUGCGGGGCUGGUGAAUCCGCAGGAAUGUCGCAGAAGGAGAGACCCACUUUCUACCGGCAGGAGCUCAACAAGACCGUGUGGGAGGUCCCGGAGCGGUACCAGAACUUGUCCCCCGUCGGCUCCGGUGCUUACGGAUCCGUGUGCUCGGCGUACGAUGUGAAGACAGGCCUGAAGGUAGCGGUGAAGAAGUUGUCCAGACCCUUUCAGUCCAUCAUCCAUGCGAAGAGAACCUACAGAGAGCUGCGGCUGCUCAAACACAUGAAGCACGAGAACGUUAUUGGUCUGUUAGAUGUUUUCACACCAGCGACGAGCUUGGAUGAGUUCAACGAUGUGUACUUGGUGACGCAUUUGAUGGGCGCAGACCUCAACAACAUUGUGAAGUGUCAGAAGCUGACCGACGACCACGUCCAGUUUCUAAUCUACCAGAUCCUCAGAGGCCUAAAGUACAUCCACUCUGCAGAUAUCAUUCACAGAGACUUGAAGCCUAGUAAUUUGGCAGUAAAUGAAGACUGCGAGCUUAAGAUCCUGGACUUCGGCUUGGCGCGGCACACAGACGACGAGAUGACGGGAUACGUAGCCACCCGGUGGUACCGCGCCCCCGAGAUCAUGCUCAACUGGAUGCACUACAACAUGACGGUGGAUAUCUGGUCGGUGGGCUGCAUCAUGGCUGAACUACUUACAGGACGGACGCUCUUCCCUGGAACAGACCACAUUGAUCAGUUGGGCCGUAUUUUGUAUCUCGUCGGGACCCCAGGGCCAGAGCUCGCUAUGAAAAUUUCUUCCGAGUCUGCGAGGAACUACAUCAACUCGCUUUCUCACAUGCCAAAGAGGAACUUUGCGGAUGUGUUUCUGGGCGCCAACCCUCUUGCGGUGGACUUGCUGGAGAAAAUGUUGGUGCUGGAUACAGACAAGCGGAUCACGGCGUCGGAGGCACUGGCCCACCCUUACUUUGCCCAGUACCACGAUCCAGAUGACGAGCCUGAGGCGGAGCCGUACGACCAGAGCUUUGAAAGCCGCGAACUGGAAAUUGAGGAAUGGAAGAGCUUAACUUACGAGGAGGUGCUGAGCUUCGUGCCGCCUUCGUUCGACGGAGACGAGAUGGAAUCAUGAGGAGGAAGCACGCUUUUCAUCCAAUUUUUGAUUUCUGAGAAACUCUCUCUAAGAACUAUCGGUCUCAUGUGACUAUCCACCACUUCUCCUCACACACAUGCACAACCACCAUGACAUUCAAGUGCCUGCCAUCAUUCACAUCUGGGGGACGAUAUCAGGGAAAAGAAAAGAUAAAAAGUCGACAUCCUGUUCACGCCGUCCCCCACUUCGCUGGUUUUUUUUGUUACCUUGCAUCCCAAAGCGCUGAGGCAAAACCUUAAUUCUGCAAAGAUUUUUUUAGUCUUUACCUCAGAGAUUGAGUCUUUAUAUUGUUCCCCUUGUUUUAUUCACAUUACUGAAGAUUACAUGUUUGCAUCUUCAGGCAAAUUUGAGAAAUUCAGUUGCUGACAUUGCUGUUUUAUAGAGUUUAACAUUUAGUAGUAAAUAAUAUUGCUGAACAGUUGAAGUUAGAGAAGUUUGAAGUUAUGAUGUAUCUGAAGCUUAUCUACCCUCCACACAUUGAAUCACAUGUUGUUUCUAUUAAUGCAUAGAACUGUGUAGACAUAUGACAGCAGACAGUAUUUGUAUAUAAGUAUUUCAGACGGAUACCUUAUGUGGUACAGCUCGGCCGGCCCCUCCUGCAGUAUGGAUUUUUAUUAUUGGAGCAUAUACUGAAAUAGCCUAUAAAAUGAUACUGUAAGUAAUUUAUGACUGGUGUGUAUGGGACAGGCUAACAUAUGUAAAAUAUUCACCUGAAGAUCGAAAACUCAGCGAUUCACAUUUCUGAUUGUUAGAUUUCUAUACUUCAAGUGUUCCUUUUUUAACUUAAUGAUAAGUUUGUAGAGAAUUGCUUAUGUUUUCUUUUUGCGAAUGUUUUUUUUUUCCACCCCUUUGCUCCCUUAUUUCCCCUUUUCACUACUCUGUCCUGUUGUUUUCUGAUGAAUGUGUGAGAAAACAGUCUCCAACCUUCAGUAUCGCCACCGCAUGAUGGAGCCACAUUGGGCUUGGUAGUUUGUGAAAAUCUUGAUGUUUCUCAUCACAACAUCAACUGACAAUGUAAUUUAAUCAUAUUGCAUUUAGAAACCACAGUACUAUUAAUGUUUAUUGAAUGUUUGGGGCACCAGUGUGCCCUCUUAUUUAUGGUCUUUUUUCUUAUAUUGUUUGUAUAUCGAUGUAAAAGAGAAUAUUUGUCAGAUUUUAAGGUUGUUUUUAUUAUUUAUGAAGUGUUUAUUGUAUCAGAAUCCAGUUGUAUCGUCACUAGCCCCACACAUCACUCGAGCCACCGUGACUGCAGUUACAGCUUGUGCAUUAGAGCCAACGGUGAGGACGAGCAUAUGGUGGAUAACCAUUUAGUCUAAAAUCAACUGAGCAAACUCGACUGAUUUUUCACAGCUUGGUUUUAUUUAAACAAUUUCUAAAAGUCUAUUUAUUUUACUCUGGUACCUGGUGUACUGUGCUCCAACUGAGCCUGUUUACUAAAAAAAUAAUCAUUAAAAAAAAUAAAUUAACUAAUUAUAAAUCUAUAUUGACCAAAAUAACCACUUAAUAUAGACCCCCUAUUUCUUAAAAAUCAGCAUAUUAUCUUUUCGUUUCAAUGUGAACCAUUAAAAAAACACAAAACAACACAAUUCAGCUGUAUCUACAGUUGCUCUGGCUGUGUCAAGUAAAUAUCUGAUGGCAGUUUCAUGUGCGACUGCUUGUUUAAUGUCGUUUUUUCUAUUAUAUUUUUCUUUGUGCGUUGAAUCAGAAUUUGAUGUUACUCUGUGAUUCUGUACUAUUGAUUGUUUUACAAGCGGCAGUAGAACCGUAUCAUCUUUUUUGGAAAAACCGAGCAGGGCACAUGUUUGCAGGAACGAGUGUACGUUUACUCACUGGAUGCUGAAGGGCAAUGCUGAUGCCUCACAACUCUUAUUUUAUUUUAAUUUUUUUUUUUAACAAAAGCAUAAUUUUUAGGCUAUUCAUCUCGUUCAUAUCCCAGUGUCUGUAAAAUACUGGGUUACGCUUGCUUUGCCUGAGAUGUGGUCAUAUUUUCUUCAUUAUGAACUCAAACAGCAGGCCACACCACCUGUAAAUACCACCGUUAGAAAAUAAAGGCUACUAUUUUUCAAAGCUCAA